CGAGUUGUGAAUCCUCUGGGGCGAGCUGAGGCCCGUGGGAAGCUGGAGUGAAGGUUUCGGGAUACGAGAGGGCGAGAAAAAUUUCCAAGGCGUGUCAUGUCAUGGGCGACCGACGUAAAUGCUUCCUGGCCCCAGGAGACUUGUUGAGUUUCACGUUGGAUCUAUCGAGAAAAAAAACUUCUCAAUGCUUUUUUGCGCCCCGUCGAUGCUGCCUCAAGUUGAGCGCUUAUUCAAACCACCCCGCAUGGAGAUUCAGAUCAGCCUCGACAGGGAGCAGGCCGUCUACACGAACAAGGACGAAGUCUGCGGUCACGUCAUUCUCAGAAAUGACAGUCAAGUGGAUAUCAAUUCAAUCACGAUAAGGAUGUUGGGAUCUGCGACUUCAAGACUAGAUGCGGGGAGGGUGACUGAGACUCAUCAACUUUUCAAGACGAAUAUCCAGCUAUUUCCUCCAAAGGAAUUCGCGAGCUUCUCCAAGUCCCGCCCUGUGACUGUUUCACCAGGGCAACAUGUUUUCCCGUUCACGUUCAGCUUCCCCCACGCAUCAGAAUGCUACAAGGCUAGUCUUACACACGGAGCAGAUAGUAAGCAAACAGGAAGUAGGAAGACUCACCAUCUGCUUCGGAGACUCCCGCCGUCGACAGGCGACCCGACCACUGCAGAAGAAAUCAAGUACCUUCUCGAAGCCACAGUCCAGCAGGACGGCCUUAUGCGCGGGACACACAAGGCUAGCCGCGGCGUAUAUUUUUACUGCACAUCAACAAUGCACCUCCCCAUGCGCGGGAUUACCGACAAACGAUCUGUAGUUUGCCGACCAGAUCUCUCAGAGCCCAUAUCACCUCGAUCGCAAGAACCAAUCUGCCAGAUCGAAGCAACACUCCUCAACGGACCAUUCCUCGUCCUGGGACAGCCAGUCCCUCUUCGCGUCGAGAUGACCAAUCUACCAGGUCUAUCCAGCAGCAAUCACACCGUCUCCUUGCACGACUUCCAAUCCAUGCUCAUUGAAACGACCGAAGUCCGCGCAAAGGGCUCAAGCGAGUCCACAACCCGCUCGUGGAUUAUCCAGACCAUGGCGAAUCUCCGGCAGAGCCUUGUUCCCGGGUACGAUGAUAUGGCGGAGCCGGUGUUGAGGGUUGAUGAGGGUGUCUGGACUCGACAUGUUGUGCCGACGUUUUUGACGCCGACGUUCGAGACUUGCAAUGUGAGUCGCAACUUUAAGCUUGAGAUUCGGCUUGGGAUUUGGUUUGGACGGGAUCAUAUGCGGAUAUUCGAGUUUCAGUUUCCAGUUUACAUUGUCUCGCUGGCGAUUCCGGGGUUGAAGGUAGAGAAGCAGGAGCCGGCGCCCGAUUAUUAUGAGAGCCUUGGAUUUCAGAACGGGUUGCUGAAAGAGACUAUGUGACUGUAUGAUAUGUGUUGAGUCAAAUGUCUGUACGCCUUGCCAUGAGAGAGUGCUUCGGAGUAAGAAUAAAUGUAGAUGUCCAAUUAUAAUCACUUUGCCACG